AUGUUGGUACAACCAUUCAUAAGACUUCUGGAGAACCUAACGUUCAGAAUGAAGAGACUUAAGAUCAUCUUGCGUCAGUUAUGUGGAUCAGCUCCAAGUCAAAAGAGAACAUACCAGUUGGAAUCAGUCAUUCGCUUGUACGAUUUAUUGUGCUCGAUUUGCGACAUCCUGAACGACGUUUUCUCAUACAAUCUACUUUUCGUCAUUUUCAUGGUAUUCUUCUUGAUCACGACCUACGUAUAUUACUCGAUAUCUUCUGCCUUCAACAGUUACACGGUUGCUUUGAUCUCAGGAAUCGUAGCAAUUUUUUAUGGCAUUAUCAUGUGCUGGAUAGCUAUUCACAGUGAACGAAUGGCUAAAGAGGCAAUUGAAUUCAAUAACUUAUUGUUUAAAAUAAUGAUUAAGGACAAACUUAAGGAUAUAAAAAAUAAUGUAAGAUAAUUACAAAAGUCUUAAUAGUUGCUAAAUAUUUAAGAUAAUUUAAUGUUUCUUCCUUUUUUUAACUUUAUCUAAAGCUCCUCCUGCCGAAUUUUCCCUUUUAUGUUUAAUGAUUUAAUUUAUUGUUUCAUUUCAUUUAGAUAUAUUUUUUUUAUACUGAACAACUUUUCUAGAAAAAGCUUCGCCUACAUAUUCUGAUGAAGAGAGGGGUUGAACUUACAGCUUGUGGUCUCUUUCCACUUGAUCAUGCCUUAAUCCAUUCCAUGAUUGCAGCAGCUACUACUUAUUUAGUCAUCUUAGAAGAUUUUGGGAAGCAGUGAUUGACCCCACAUUGAAUGGAGUGUACCUCAUUACAAAUGUAGGCUAAAAGAAUUUUUAUAUAAAGAAUAUUAAUAUAAAGUUUUCUAUUUUGAAGAUUUUAAACCAUGAUAACCAAUGACUAUUAAAUUUAAAUAGAAAAUUAAAUUAUAAUUUUCUGAAUGAAAUAAAGAAAUAUUUAAUAAAUAGAUUUUUUAUUACUUGCUGAUUAUUAAUUAUAAUUGUAGGAAGAAUUGGUUCAAAAUUUAUUUUAUUUUAAGCAAUAAGUCACCCCAAAUAUUUCAUGUUCAACUUACUUUUUUAA